AUGACCUCUAUAUCUUUUGGUUACCAGAAUUCGGGGUUCCAGGUGGGGAUCAGCCACGGGCCGAUAUAUCUUCCUGCGGACCAACCAGAACCCCGCCCAGAGCCUCUUUCGACCGUGCCGUUCCCGCAUGAUCCAGACUUUGUCAGCCGCGAUGAACUCCUUGAUCAAAUCCACGAAAAGUCUUCGAUCCCGGGAGCUAGAAUAGUUCUCUUUGGUCUAGGGGGCGUUGGGAAAUCUCGACUCGCCAUCGAAUACUGCCACCAAGUCUGGCAGCAAUCGCCUGAUACAUGGAUUUUCUGGGUUCAUGCGAGUAAUGCGGCCCGCUGCGAGGAAAGUCUCCGCAACCUUGCCGACCGUGCCAAGGUUCCUGGGCGCCAGGAUCGCAACGCUAAUAUAUUCCAACUCUUCGGGAAUUGGUUGCAAGAUGGAGAGAUUGGAGAAUGGAUUCUUGUCCUUGAUAAUGUCGAUGACGACGAGCUCCUUUGCAAACCGUUGGCAACUCGAAUCGAGGCUCAAGCAGAUGCCCAGUACUAUACCUCGACGCGGCCACCGCUUAGGUACCUUCUCGAAAGCUCGAAUGGCUCUAUCAUCAUGACGAGCCGGAAUAAGGCUGUGGCUUUGGAAAUUGCCGGCGAUAAGAAAAAUUUGAUCGAUGUGCAACCAAUGAAUACAGCCGAAGCGUCGGUUCUAAUGCAGAAAAAGCUAGACUCAUCUACUGAGGAAGAGGAUUUGGUUCUACUAGUCGAGGAACUUGAAUUCAUGCCGCUCGCAAUUGUGCAAGCGGCUAGCUACAUCACCCACCGCUCACCCCGUUGCUCGGCAUCGGAAUACCUAGAAAAGCUUCGACAGAGUGAUCAUCAAGCCUCGAAACUUCUUUACCACGAGGGAAAACAUAUGCAUAGAGACUGGCAGGCAAAGAACUCGAUUCUAUUGACUUGGCAAAUAUCAUUCGACCAUAUCCGACGGAUCAGGCGGUCUGCAGCUGAUCUACUGUCUCUGAUGAGCUUUUUCGACUGGCAGGGAAUCCAAGAGAAUCUUCUACGGGUACAAGAUGCGGAAAGAGAUCGUGAACCUCUCGGAUCUCCGGAAGGAGUUAUCGACAGAUCAAGUGAAGAACAUGCGGAUAGCUCGUCCGACUGUGACUUAGAUGACGACUUCGAGAGCGAUAUUGCGACUCUAAGGGACUAUUCCUUUAUUGCCACUGGUGAAGAUAACAUGGUGUUCACGAUGCAUCGGUUAGUGCAGCUCACAGUACGCACAUGGUUGAAAUCUCAUGGCCAGGAGGAGCAGUGGAAGGAACUUUUCAUAAGCAGCUUAUGUGGAGAAUUCCCGACUGGUGAAUAUGAAAAUUGGGAUAGAUGCCGGUCACUUUUUCCACAUAUCAGGUCGGCCGUGUUGCAUCGACCGAAAUCGCAAGAUUCACUCCGAAACUGGGCCGCGCUACUCUACAGAGGGGCGUGGUAUGCGCAAGAAUGUGGCAAUAUUUCGACUUCAAAGGAGAUGGCAGAGAUGUCAAGGAAGCAAAGACUGAAGAUUGGCGGCGCGGAAGAUGAAGACACCCUUAACAGCACUGCGAUGUUAGCAGUAGCCUACCGACUAGAGGGGCGGUGGCAUGAGGCCGAGCAGCUCGAGGUGCAGGUUAUAGAGACUCGCAAGACGAAACUCGGUGCAGACCAUCCCUCUACGCUAACGAGCAUAGCCAACCUAGCGUUCACGUUGUGGAACCAGGGCCGAUGGGAAGAGGCCGAGCAGCUCGAGAUGCAGGUUAUAGAGACUCGCAAGACGAAACUUGGCGCGGACCAUCCCGACACGCUGACGAGCAUAGGCAACCUAGCGUCGACGUUAUGGAACCAGGGCCGAUGGGAAGAGGCCGAGCAGCUUUUUGUGCAGGUCAUAGAGACUCGCAAGACGAAACUCGGUGCAGACCAUCCUAACACGCUGACGAGCAUGGCCAACCUAGCGUUAACGUUGUGGAACCAGGGCCGAUGGGAAGAGGCCGAGCAGCUCGAGGUGCAUGUCAUGGAGACUCGCAAGACAAAACUCGGCGUGGACCAUCCCGACACGCUGACAAGCAUAGGCAACCUGGCGUUCACGUUGUGGAACCAGGGCCGAUGGGAAGAGGCCGAGCAGCUUUUUAUGCAUGUUAUAGAGACGAGCAAGACGAAACUCGGCGCAGAACAUCCCUCUACGCUGACGAGCAUGGCCAACCUAGCGUUCACGUUGUGGAACCAGGGCCGAUGGGAAGAGGCCGAGCAGCUUUUUAUGCAUGUUAUAGAGACUCGCAAGACGAAACUCGGUGUAGAACAUCCCUCUACGCUGACGAGCAUAGCCAACCUAGCGGCGACGUAUAGGAACCAAGGCCGAUGGGAAGCGGCCGAGCAGCUUUUUGUGCAGGUCAUAGAGACGAGCAAGACGAAACUCGGCGCGGACCAUCCCGACACGCUGACGAGCAUAGGCAACCUAGCGGUGACGUAUAGGGACCAAGGCCGAUGGGAAGAGGCCGAGCAGCUCUUAGUGCAGGUCAUGGAGACUCGCAAGACGAAACUCGGUGCAGACCAUCCCGACACGCUGACGAGCAUGGCCAACCUUGCAUUCACCUGGGAGUCUGCCGGUCGAAGUACCGAGGCAAUCGAUUUGCUAAGAACCUGCGUGAUCAAGCAAGAACGAAGUCUGGGUCCGACUCAUCCUUAUACCCUGCACAAUUCUGAAACCCUGCUGAAUUGGGAAACCCGCCAUGUGGCUAUCUAG